GGAGGAGGAGGAGGAGGAGAGGGGGGAGAGAGCACAACAAGGAAGGCAAGGAGACGCUCUUUCUUAUUAGGAGAAAAGCGGAGAAGGGGGGGCGACACAGACAGCGUGAGCCCGGAGACGGCACAGACCGUGGCGGGGGUGACGGGAGAGAGGAGGACACCGAUACCGACAGUCGGCAGCGUCGCUCGGAUGGUGUUGUUGUUGCUCCGGACGCGGCGACGAUGCGGCCACACUGCUGGGUGAUGGUGGCGCUGGCGGGGAUCAUGUCGUACUUCAGCCCGGAGAGAGCGCUCGGAGCCCCGCAGAGGGAAGUUUCUCAGACCAGGGCUGCGUCCCUCUCUCCUCCACCAUACGUCGUCAUCCUCAUCUCCUGCUCGGGGCUCGUCUCUUUUGUCCUGCUGCUCCUGACCUGCCUGUGCUGCAAGAGAGGAGGAGUGGGAUUCAAUGUAAGUCUUCAACAUGAGUUCGACAACGCAGACGGGGAGGAAUGCUCUGGAGGCUCUAGUCCCAUCCAGGAGGACAGCCUGUCGUCAUGUCCCUCCCUCCCUGAGGUCUACACCUUGCCAGUCAGAGACAGGCCCAACUGCCCCACCCUGCAGGAUGGAGCAGACUCCAAGUCUCAGUGCUUCAAAAGACACACUUUAAACUAUCUUCAGGAGAUCGGGAAUGGCUGGUUCGGAAAGGUGAUCCUGGCUGAAGUGCUGUGUGACUGCAGUUCGUCUCAGGCCGUGGUGAAGGAGCUGCGUGUCAGUGCCAGCCCUCUGGAGCAGAGGAAGUUCUUGGCCGAGUCUGAGCCAUACAGGAGCCUUAAACAUCCCAACAUCCUUCAUUGUUUGGGGCAGUGCAGUGAGAGCAUCCCCUUCCUCCUGGUUAUGGAGUUCUGUCAGCUGGGUGACCUGAAGAGAUACCUGAGAGCCCAGCGCAAGUCAGACGGGAUGACCCCCGACCUGCCGACCCGGGACCUCCUCACUCUUCAGAGAAUGGCUUUUGAGAUCACCUCCGGUCUGCUACAUCUCCACGAAAACAACUACAUCCACAGUGAUCUGGCUUUGAGAAACUGCCUGCUGACCUCAGACCUCACUGUUAGGAUAGGCGACUAUGGCCUUUCACACAACCAUUAUAAGGAGGACUAUUACCUAACUCCAGACAAGCUAUGGAUCCCUCUGCGCUGGAUUGCUCCUGAGCUGCUGGAGGAGUACAGAGGAUCUCUCAUUGUUACUGACCAAACCAAGACAAGCAAUGUGUGGUCCUUGGGGGUGGUUAUAUGGGAGCUGUUUGAGUUUGGCUCUCAGCCCCACAGACACCUGAGCGACGAAGAAGUGCUGACCUUCGUCAUUAGGGAGAGACAGAUCACCCUCGCCCAGCCCAGACUCAAGCUCUCCCAUGCAGACUACUGGUAUGAGAUCAUGCAGUCCUGCUGGCUACCUCCAUCUCAGCGCCCUUCUGUAGCGGAGAUAUUCCUCCUCCUGUCCUCCCUCCUGGCUGCUGAGCGAGGGAUGACGAGGGGGAGCGUAGGCGAAGAAGAUGAAGAGGAUGAGGAAUAUGAGGAGGGCAGAGGAAGGAGAGGGGAGAGCGAGGAGUCAUUUGAAAGACGCUGGGACUUACUCCGUCCACCUGCCUUCCAGACUGCAGCAAAUGAGCGACAAAGGGAGAGAGAGUACAGCAGGGAGGACAGAGACAACUCCUACCCCCUGCUGGACCCUGUGGGGAACUGUAUCACCCCGUCCUCGUCUGAACUGGACGACAUCCUGACCGUCACUGAAACCAGCAAAGGCUUGAACUUUGAGUAUUUUUGGGAAAAGGCUCAUGCCAGACGAGGCUACAAGCCUCUCCCGCCUCCUCAGCCGAUCCCGACUGUGAACAAUAACCACAGACAGUCUUUGGACACUCCCACUGUGGUCCCAGUGAUAAGCGCUCGCAGCCCCUCCCUCGCCAGCGAGUACUACAUCAGAUUAGAGGAGCACACUCCCCAGGACAAGUCGCCGACUCUUAAAGGGAAGUCCUCUUUCCGCUCUGACUCCAUCUGCCCUGGAGACAUGGAGCUGGUGGAGAUUCGCAGUGGCAUGCUGGGAAAAGAGCGAGUCCCGUAUUGCUCUUCUGACAAGUGUGGAAAGGGCCUCCAGACCGUCAGAUCAAGCGAGGUUCAACUCCAGGUGCCCAACACAGGCGUGGCUGAAUUCAGAGACACUUCCAGCAGAGUGACGGACUUCUCAGUGGUCGAUUUAGGAGACGAUGACGAAGAGGAGAAGAAAAGGAGCAAUGAGGUAGAUAAAAAACCCUCAAUGAGUUCUCAAGCGCCGGUCCUUCCUCCGAAGCCUCGCUCCAUGUCCAUGUCAUCCGCCAACCACCUUCACUCGCGCCCCCUCCCCGCCCCUCCACUCGGUUACAGAGGCCUCCCUCACUACACCAUCAGUGGAAAAAUCGAAACAGACCCCCAUCACAUGAGCAGCUGUCCACCGUCUACCUUUGAUCACCUGGGGCUCCACCGGUCCCGACAGACUCUUCCGCCAUCCCCGUCCCUCUCCCCUUCCCUCCCGCCAUCAAGCCACCCAAUUUACCCCCAACCUCCUCAAAUGUGUCCCCCACCCCUCCCUCCACACUCCAAACCACAAAGAAGCUGCCCCAGCUACAACGCAGCGGACACUUAUUCAAGAUACAGUAAGCCGCAAAUGCAGAGAUCCAAUAGAGACCCAUUAUCCUGUGACCUGUCCGACAGAGAGGGUGGCAGCAGGCAUUUAGUGUCAUUGCACAACUCCAGGGAGACCUCUCAUUCUCGUGCAAAAGACUUUGACUCUCCCGUUCGUCGAGAAAACCCACUGCGCCCAAUUUAUCGCAACAUACCCCGCCCUCAACCCGCAAACCCCCAGAUUGACAGACAGUCUUCAUCCAGUCCCACCUACUCAGACGAGGACGACUCUCCCUUCAUGUCCCCCGAGAGAACCGGCAGUGGGACUACUGUCACUCACUCCAGCCUAUCUGAAGACGCAGACCCAGCGUGCGCCGAGCUCUUCUCCAGGGGAAUGAAAAGGACUCAGUCACGCCUUGACACCAUCCUUCCCGCAAUUUGGAGGGAAGACGCUGAACUUCACGCAGAACGUGUGGCCGCUGCCAAGAAAUCCCCCAUGCAUCUGUUUCUGACGGAGAUAUCGAGCGUGACAGAGUCGAGCGAGUCCAAGUCGGAGGCGUCAUGGGAGGGGGAGGAGAAAAGAGAUGGAGAGAGAUGGGGGAACUUUGUGCUGCCCAACAGAGGGAUGCGCCGCUCUCAGUCGCUGAUCACAGAGCUGGGGUCAGCAGGGCAGUCAUGGGUGCCGGAGAAACGGACUCAGGAGGACAACACGGUCACUAAAGAAUCAUUCCAGAGAGAUCUUUUCCUCACAGAGAUUGACACAGGAGGGAUGGACACGGAUGUGGAGGGAGGGUCAGAAAGCGAUCCAGUGAAAUACCUCUAUCCUUCAGGAUCAAGAUUGCGGCCCUAUGUCUGUGCUCCAGGCCUCCCCUCAUACACCGAGGCCGAGGAAGCCUAUUCAAAGGGUAUACGAAGAUCUCGCUCUCUCCUCUCUGAGAUCACGAUGGGGAGGCAGGAGUCCGACCUGCAGCAGACUGAGAAGGAGCCUCGGAGAACAGAGAUGACCCGGGAGGAGUUUCUAAAGGAGAUUCAAUCUGCAGAGACCUUCCUGACCGAAAUCAUAUCGAGACAAAAUGCCGCCGCAAACAAAAAGGAGCCAGACUCUUCUUACUCCCCAACUCCACUGUCUCCUGAAUACGAGUCCAUAUGCAUCGACCCUAACGCCACUCAGACCAUCAGAUUCCAGACGGAAAGCUCCAUACGAGCAUCCAACAAAGGCAACCCUGAAACACCGACAGAGGCCAUCUAUGCCCAAGUGACCAAGCGUGCUAAAAAGAGUGAGAUAAAGGUUUCUAUGAAGCCUGAGAUCCCCGUCCUUCAUAUAGGAUCAAAUAAACAACCUCUUAAACUGGACAGCGAAGGAAGAAAUGCUGACCACUGCCAAUCUGGUGAGUUUGUGUUUUCAGAAAUCAUGCCCAAAAAUGGACUCCUGCACAACCAAACACUCCCAUGUGAGAAAGAGGAGGAGGAGAGUGCAGAUGGUCCGGCGUUACCUGCCAGAGGAGAGCAUACCGAUCUCUUAGAGCACUCUCCAUCUGAGUCCAACAUGGCGCCACAGCAUGAGAACAAAUCGCCAAUUACAAAUGAUAGUCAAAAGACUGAUGUUAUAGGGAACGGUGAGUUAAUGAAAGAGGCCAGCAGCCCUGAGAGACGGGAUCAAACAUGCAGAGAGACUGACACUACGUCACAUGAUCCAGACAAACAACAGCACCACACUGAUAACGUGUCCGCAGUGGCAUCUGAGCACAUCACAGCAGCUAAUUUGGAGAGUUCUCAAAAUAACGCUGAGACGAAAAGAGAAAAUUCACUCCAGCACGAUGACACCAGGCAAGAAAAACUCUGUCACGCUGCCGAAAAGGCGCCCACUCCUGCUGCCACUCCAACCACCCCGGACUGGGACCUGUCGUCUGAUGUCUCACUCAUCACCCCCACCGACUCGGUCCUGUCACCUAUGACUUCCAACUCAGCCGACUGUCUCACACCUAGUGACUCAUGGACAAGUGGCGGAGGAGGAGGAGCAGUGGGAAGCGGCGGUUGGCGAGCUCUGGGAAAUGAGACACCGCAUCGAGACUCUGCCUAUUUCUCAGACAGUGACUGGGAGGGGGAUGGGAUGAACAGGAGGAGUAGUGAUGGACUCAUUGCCUCCAGGCCGAGCAGCGGUCGAGGAGGGGAUCGGGGGACUCUGACAGGGAUCGAGGAAAGAACGGAGGAGGAGGGAGAGAUGGGAGAAAAAAGCCCCUUAAGAAACAGUACACACAUGUCAGAUAAAGGUGAAACUAUUGAAAUGUGUGAGGAAUCAAGUACUGUAUAUCAACAUGCUUCAGAAAAUGCCGUGUCUCAUUUAAGUGAUGACAAAGAUAUUUUAAACAAAGGGCUGGAGUCAACACAGAGAGACGAUUCUGGCAUUUUCCAAAAUGACAGCAUGAAGUCACCACUGCUGCGUGAUGACCCACAGGCCAAGGACUGUGUUGACUUAAUAGAUAAGUUGUUUUCAAAAUUAGAUGAUGAACCACUGAAAGGGCUCCCACACAGCGGUGGGUAUCCGAUAGACAACCACUACACAGAUGGUAUUAUCUCCCAGAUAGCAGAUUGCAAAUACCAGGACUCUGCGGAGAACGAUUUAAAUCGACACUCACGGAGCCUCGCUGAGACAAAUAUUUUGAUCGAGUCUGUAUCUGGCAGCCAGUCAAAGGAUUGCACGUUAAGGCCCGACAACAAAGAUUACACAAGUGUUACAGAGACAGAUAUUGAUCUCUCUGGACUGAAAGGUGGAAAUGACGCUGUGGAAUCUGUGACACCAUCCCGAGUCGACAACAGUGAGUCAAGAUUAUCUAAAGUAUACAGCGUUCAAACUGCUACACUCAGCGGUGAAACCCCGUCAGUAGUCGAGCCAAGCGAUGAUGGGUCUGUGUAUGAUAAAUUGAGGGGUCUGACAUGUCCUUCUUGGGCCGAGGAAGGGGUUGAAAAGGCUGAGGAGAAGCCUGGUCUGGACCACAACGAGCUGGGCCUGAGAAACUUGCACUGCUCCGAUGGCAGCGACGUCAAGAAAGUCACAACAGAGACGGAGAAACAGCUGGCUGCUGCAGAGCUGAGAAACGCCAUGAAGGAAAAGUCACCCCUGAGAGGAGCAGUGAGUCGGACGGACUCUAACAACACGGAUAAAGACUCUUGCGAGGGCCUGAAUGAAAAGACUAAAGAGUUAUGGAGUGCUCUGGAGGAGGAUGAGGGGCAAACGAGAUCCGGAGUCAUCAGGGGAGAGUUUGACUGCCACCGUUUUUCACAGUCAAGAGACUUACGUUUGUGGCCUGAUGAAAAUGACCAGUGGGCCUCUCCAGAGAGGAAAUACCAAGAUAAUGAACUGAGAUCUGAAUUUUUCUCUGGGUUCAGUAAUAAGGCCUGGGAGGUAGGUGAGAGGCUCGUUGUGGGUCAGGAGUUUUGGGAGACUGAAGAAAACGAUGAACUUGCAGGAAGUGAGCCGCACCCUGCUGUCCUGGAGGGCUGCGAAGAAACCUGGAACGAUGAAACGCAAGGACUCGCUGGAAAUCUUGCCAUGAAGGAGAAGUGGAACUCUGCAGGUGGUGAUGACCAACAGACUGUCCAAAUUGUAGAUGUACAACAGGAGGAAAAUAUUGAAAAUCUGGGAGAAAUUGGCGAUUUUAACAAAAGAAAAAUCUCAAAUGUUGAGGUAGAGAAUAAAGAAAUCCCAGAGCAGGAGUCCUUGGAGGAUACAGAAGGGCAGAUUUCGUCAUGCAGACAGACAGGCAGGGACGGGCAAGGUCUGCUAGACUCCACAGAGACGGAGGAAAAUCAAAACUUUAACAGAUGGCCCCAGAAUCACCUCUGCAAGAUCCAAAAAGAGGGACAGACAUCGGCUGUCAACAAAGGCUCAAAUUUAGAGAACUGUUUCAGUCACUCUUUAGAGAAUUCAAACAUAUCUAUUUGCAUCACCGAAGCUCCUCAUGAGAACUUUUCAGAUCUGGAAAACGUUGAGUUGGAGGCUGAAACGAAACCAUGGCUCGCCAGGCAAUAUAUAGAAGAAAGAGAGAGCAUUAUGAGCGAAGAAGAGGAUUUUAGAGACAUGCCACUCCCACCCAAUCCCAUCUCUUGUCCCAGUGACCUUGAUAUGCAGGAGACGGAUCAGUCAUAUCCACAGGUGGACAAUUUCAGCUCCGUAGAUUUUCCAAGUCCUCCACCAAGCAUAGACCUUGAUGUGCAAGAUGAUAAAUUGGAGAGUUUAGACGACUCUUUUCCUAGCCCACCGCCAUCUGUUAUAGAGGCAGAGGAGUUUAUUAGUCACAUUAAUCUAGACGACUUUAUUACUAGCACCGAGACGGAGCAGUAUAUUUCCCCAACUCACAACGCAGAUGUCUCAGAGCCACCUCUGCAAGAAUCACCACCUGCUACAACUCAGAGUAAAGGGAUCUCAGCCAACCUGAACCUCCCCUCUGUGCAUAUAACACUGGCCGAUGAGAGCGACCUUACACCCAGCGCAGAACAACAGGGUGAACAUGAUGAUCUGUGCCAGAAAACACCACCUGCCACCCCAUCUUCACCCCAAGUUCCCCUCAACAAUCUCCCAGAAUUACUGAUUUCUGAGUGGAGAGAUUUGGAGGAGGAGCCCCUGGAGGAUUUUGAAAAACUGGAACAACUGUGCUGCAUAUCUGGGGACGAGGAGGACUCUUUGGGGGACCUUUUUCUGGGUAACCUGGAGCUCCUGGAGUCUUUGAAGAAAUCACCUGAGCAGAAGGGCGGCAGUGUUGGUGACGAUGAUACAGGUGAGGAGGGAUGUGGCUCCUCAGCUCCUGAGGGGAGCAGCGUGGAUUUGAAGGAGGACGGGAUCUCGGAUGACUCUAAUAAGGUGCCAGAGUCCGCACCACAUGUGAUUGAGGACUCUCACAAUGAUGGGCAGAAAACACAGAGCCAAACGUCUGAUGUCAAAGAACAGAGAUCUUUUUCUAAGAUGACAACAAAGAAUGGCCUCAUGAUGCAGGUGUGUGAGGAGAGGCUGCAGUUCUCUCUCAGUGAAAACGUGAAAACAAACGUGCUCUGGGGGUCGACUGUCAAAGACACGGUGAUGCUGCGGCCCUGGGGGGAACAAAUCAUGGAGAACAGCAGUGAGCUGGUCACUGUGGAUGAACAAAAAGAGGAGGAAAGCCAAGAGGAGCAGGAAAAUAUCCCCAGCAUUCAGCCCCACACUGAGUCUGAUGAAACUAAAGCUGAGCCACUCACUGUGAUUGAACAACCUGAGGUCACAACACCUCAACAGACUGCCAACCAGGCAAUGAAAGCAAAACUGGCUCGUCUGUCUCUCGCCCUCCCUCCUCUGGCUCUGACGCUUCCCCUCACCCCCACCGGUAAAGGAUUUGGGGACGGUGCGAUUGGAAAUCGGAUUGGAAGACGGAGAGGUCUGUCCUCAGGAAGCGACCCUGACGAUGAGGAGGAGGACGAGCAGGAGGACGAAAGCUCCCGGAGGGUGAUCGUCGUCACCGAGACAGACGUGGACAAACGUGUCGGGCUGAGGAGUCUGCUAAAGUCCCCCAAGGAGCUGAUGGACAGAGAGAGGGACAGAGGGAGGAAUGUGUCCUUUUUUGAUGAUGUCACAAUCUAUCUUUUCGAUCAGGAAACGCCAACCAAUGAGUUGAGCAGUUCAGCGCCUACAAGUCCGGCCCCAGUGUCCAUCAAAAGCACCAAGUUGGAUUUGCGUGGGUCAAACAUCAAGAGCAAAGAAUCAAAAAGAAAAGAGGAUUUAUCAAUCAAACCAAGGUCGCCUGUGGGGGCCAACCCGGUGACAUCAUCGCGCUUCACUGUCAGCCCUGCCAAUGACCCCCACUUGGUGUGAUGUCACAUGUCACCGUGGGAACCUUUAGAGCUGAACCCUCUCGGACUGGCCUGUGAAUUAACCCCAACAACCAGCCAUUCACCCAGAGGCUAUUUUUUUAUUGAAGAGGCAACUGAAAGAAUGAGACUCCCGUUCGGAAAGCUGGACACAUUCCAGGUUUUACCAGCGACAGGAUUUUGUAUGACAGGGGUUGUUGUGCUCCUGUCUGCCACUAUUUACAGAGUUUAUUCAUAGCCUUCAGCUACAAAAAGGAAGAGGCAGCGUGUGCGCGGAGCAGAGGAGCCUGGAGCUUUGUAAAAUCGGAAACAGAUUCGACAGCUAUGCAGUGGGAGUCUUGCUGUGUACCAGCUUACCUUCUCUUUUUCUUCUUCAUUCUGUUGUAUUAUUCCCCAGAUGUGCGGGGAAUGCACUUUCUUUAGUCAUUCAUCCGUCUAUGUAAACGCUUGGAUCCAGCCCUCUCUUUAUUGAAGAAGUUUUUCAUCGCAGUCAGUCAGUUGUUCUUGUAGGCAGCAGUUUGGAACAGAAAUCGCUCGACUCCUGUAUUUGACAAUACUCAUUUGCAUUUGUACAAAUAUCAUAAUACAAGUGAAAACAAUAUCAUUUUAGAGCUGUUUACUUUUAGAUGUAUUCUUAGAC